ACCUUCUUGCUGCUAGAUUGACAGCAUGAUGGCGUGAUGCAUGUGAGCGUUAGUGUCUGAUUGCUCUGCUUUCGUAUUUAUUUACAUCGUAAUCAUGUUCAGAGUUAGCUUGACAGUAUGCGCAAGGACGUUGGUUUCUAAACGGCUGAUCUCCUCUCUGUCUGGAGAAAGCACACUGCCAUCAAAUUUACUCCUUCCACCUAAUCUUAUUGGAGUUUCACGCCAAAAGCAAGUCCUUCCUUCUGGUUCAGACCUUCCCGUGUUGCGCAGAUGUGAUGCUAAUAUUCCAGCUCAUCUUGCGCCUGUACAAACAUGGCUGCACACUUUAAAUAGUCAUGAGAGUGAGCCUCUGGGGGUUGUAGACCUCCAUCCUGAUGUGUUUUCUGUGCCUGUCAGGCUUGAUAUACUUCAUGCUGUGGAGGUCUGGCAGAGGAAUUUCAAGAGAAUUAGCCAUGCCAAGGUAAAGAGCAGGGCGGAGGUCAGAGGUGGAGGCCGAAAACCCUGGAAACAGAAGGGCAGUGGACGUGCUCGCCAUGGAAGCAUUCGCUCCCCCUUAUGGAGAGGAGGUGGUGUUGCUCAUGGCCCAAGAGGACCAACCAGCUAUUAUUACAUGCUGCCUAUGAAAGUGCGUGUACAAGGACUAAAAAUAGCACUGACAGCCAAGCUAGCUCAGGAUUAUCUUCAUAUUGUUGAUUCAUUGGAGAUUCCCACUCCAGAGCCACACUAUCUAGAGGAGCUGGUCAAACACAGACAAUGGGGAGAGUCCGUCCUUAUUGUAGACGUAGGGGACGAGUUUCCACACAACAUUCUCAAGGCCACAGAAAAUUUGAAGACUGUGAAUAUCAUUCCAGUAUUAGUCUGGUUUUCAGCGUACCUGUUAAGGUCUGAUCUUGGCAGUUUACUAUAGCUGCAAAAAUACGGAGGGCCUAAAUGUUCACAGCAUGCUGAAACAUGAAAGUCUGGUCCUCACUCUGGAGGCUGUGAAGUUUCUAGAAAAGAAGCUGCUGUGGCACGACACACGAUUUACCCCACUGUACCCUUUCAAACUGCCUUAUAAUGACAUGCCAUGAACUCUUAAUCUAUUAAAACACAUUUAUUAUAAA